AUGAAUACAGACACAUUGAUAGCCAACACUAGGAAAGGAAACAAAGAAGUUGCUUAUCAGUUGUUCGGAACGCUGUUCCACGUGCUAGCAAAUGGCGGCUUCUGUAGAACCAUUUGUUUCCACGUGGACUACAUGCGAAAAAAGUACCUGGAACGUACCGAACAAAAGAUGGGAUCGAAUCUUCCUAGAGCACUUCGAAAACUUCUAAAAUGUUGUUUAUAUGAAGCUCGUUGUCAAGCAUACGCUUUACUCAAGAAAAUCCUGCUCUUAGUUGGUGAUGAUCCUCUCGAUGCUUUCUGUCGCAGUCACGACAUUUUUGAACUGGAAUCACUAUUCGGUGGUCCAUAUGCUCGCACUGUUUUUGAUAGCAGAAGUCCAAUUUUAACCCACACAUACGAUCAUGUUUCAGCGGUGACGGAUAAGCGACUAUCGAUUCACAUAGCAGAUGGAGAGACAGUUACAAUCAUCACCUUCAUUCUCUGUCAUCUAGUAGUCUCGAUUCUUCAUGGAAUCAGGACAUGGGGAAUGGAUUCAAUUCUGGAUGUGCUUCACAAGCGUUCUUCUGGCUGCGAUGGUGGCAGUGAGAAUGAAUCUGUGGCUCGUAUGGAAGACGUUGGAAUUCAUCAUUUUUGUGUGAUCCAUUUUCCGUUGAUAUACUUAUACAUGACAGCUAAAAUAAUCUUCGAACCACUUAAAACCAUCGAAGUACCUGGAUAUAGCAAAGACGGAAUAAGAUGCGAAGUUGGAGGUAACUACAUGAUGAUGGCAUUGUUUUCAGUUUUUUAUUUUAUUGUCAUUAUUUGUUUCCGAACGAAAGGCUGUACUGAAACUGAAACAGAUGAAAAAGAAAAAGAAGAAGAAGAAAGACAAUUGGAACGAGCCAAAGUUGAACUAAUUGUUGGAUACAUUGGAAUAAUUAUUUGCACAAUUGUUCUACAAGCAUCUUGGUUUUGGAUAUUUGAUGAUUUUUGGACGGGAUCUCAAAUUGUUCAGUUGUCGAUGUUUUCUGUGAUUCUCAUUCAAGGAAUGUUUUUAGUUCCAAACACUAUGUAUGCUUUUGAAUUAGAACAAUUCACCUUUUGUUGGUUUCUUCCUGUGUUCAUCAUUUUUCCGACAGCUCUCAUGAUGCCAUGGACAACUACUCUGGUGCAAUUUGGAUUCAAUGUGUUCUUCAACUUUUCUAUUUACUGUUAUUCUAUUUGUUUGUAUUUUUUGUUCACUGGAAAACUCAGAAUUUAUACAGAAUCUAACGAUACAGAAGUGAAAAUCAAUAACCGUGCUAAACCUAUAUUAACUGUGUAA